AUGGCUUUCGCAAAAGUAAUAUCGACUAUCAGUAGUCGAGAGAAUACCAUUCCAAGCGAAUUCAAGAACUUGGAUGCAGCAAGGAGAACCCUACUUCAAGCAUCUGAUAACCUUUUCCGGGGAGCUUACAUGUGGGAUGAUGACCUCCCUCCCACAUGUCAACCAAAAGAGCUUAUGGAUUUAUACGUACAAUCCCGUUCACAGUUGGAUGCUUGGAAAGUCUCAUUCGAAAAUUUCAUGAAAAGUAAAAGUCAUACUUUCAACAGUAAACAGCUGAGGGGCGCCGCACUGUGCAAGUUGCAUUAUACGACUGUGCAUAUCAUUGCCAGGGUAUCCGCACCGGACCUAGACGACCCGCGUAUCCUCAGAAACUCCUGCAAUGAUCCCAAAAAGUCCGCCAUGUUCGAGCCGGAAUUUCAAGUUGUGGUUAGUCUUGCCCGAUCUCUAAUUAACGCUGCCGAGGAAGAUGCCAAGGCUGGAAAACCUCCCUUCACAUUCUCAACUGAUUUAGGCUUGAUUGCCCCUUUAUAUUACACCUGCAUAAAAUCACCCAGCGAAAGCACUCGUCGCCAAGCACUAGAACUUCUACUACAAUGUCCAAGAAAAGAAGGAAUGUGGGAUAGUUCCUCCACCGUGAACCUCGUACGAGGUUUCUGGAAUCUCGAAGAACAACUCAUGUAUCGUCCUACAGAAGUCUAUCCCGUCUCGGAAAGACUCGUACAAAUGAGUGAGGUUGUAAACUUAAUUUUUAAUGAGGAUAUGAAGUGGGAAUGGAAAUUGUCUGGAAAGCUGAGAGGAGAACCAAUGCAAUGCGUAGAUAGGGAUGAGCUUUCGAAUUUGGAAAACUUGAGUUGGCUAUCUGUAGAUACUAUGGAUGAUAUGGGUUUGUUUGAAAUGGCGGGUGAUAGCCCCAGCUUGGGCUUUGAUUGGCCGUAG